AAUGUCACGUAUGUUUUCUCAAACAUCACCCUUCAAAGCUAUAUAUUUGUGUUCUGUGCUUCAAAGCCUUGAAUUUUCUAUUGAUUUUCCGGCUUUUCAUUAGUGUUAAUGCAUAAAAACGUGCUUUUCAGCUUAAAAUAAUCGCGUCACAAAAAACCCUCAUUGUAAAUAUGGUACGGUACAACGCCCGUGGGACAACAAGCCAAAAAACAUUUUGUGAAAAUGUCUAGUAAAAUCAAAAGGAAAAUAACAGUUAGCUUGAACACCCAAAAGAGCAAGUCCCAGGCACCAAACAAGAGUCGCCCUAGCGUUUUUGAUCGUCUAGGGAUAAAAUCGAUUCAAGGGGGCAUCACUGCUCUAAAGGAAUUUUGCCACCCUUGGGCCCAAACUGGAACCUGUCCCUAUGGCAAAGGUUGUAAAUAUUCAAAGACACACACAUUAAUUUCACCCUCCAAACAACGAGCAGCCAAAAUCCAAAACGAUCCUAGCAGUUCAAAGUCUAAAAGGCAUGGAAAGGAGCACAGGAAGAAAUCUGCACCAGAAACCGGAGAACAGUGGGAGUAUUUGGACCCAGAUGACUUGGAAGAUGCAGAUCCUGAUGUGCUAGAGAGAAAAAGACAGGAAUUGCAGAGAGAGUUGGAAUUACAGAUGAAAAUGGAGCAUAAGGCUAAAAAGAAAGAAAAAAAGUUGAAAAAAGACUCUAGUCCAUCAACUGAGUCUACUUCAUCUACAAGUGAGUCUAGUUCAAGUAGUGAUGAUUCAACGUCUAGCAGCACCUCUUCAGUGGAAGCGAACCCUAAAAAAAGUAAGAAAAGCAAAGGAAAACGCACAAAUUCAACCAGUUCAGAAGAGAGGGGCAGGAGUAAAGUUAAAAAAACUAAAGCGAGCUCUAAAGGGGCUUCAAAGGAGAAGAGCAAGAAAGCAAAGAACAUCUCCCAAAGUGCAAAAUCACAAGUAGCAAAGUCGCCCUCGCCGGUGCGGUCUAGAAAAAAAAGCGAAACUCCACCAUUAAAAUUGAAAACCGUUCCAAAGAAAGAUCUGUCUGAAGGCAAAUCACCUAGACCUUUGAGUAGAUCUAGUGACAAUAAAAACAAGGACAGACACAGGACGCCCAGUCCGAAAGCUUCAAGAGAAAAAGAGCGCGAGAGGGAGAGGGAAAAGGAGAAAGAAAAAGAACGCGAAAGGGAAAAAGAAAGAGAAAAAGAAAAGGAAAGAGAACGUGAACGAGAAAAAGAAAAGGAGCGCGAACGUGAACGCGAAAGAGAACGAGAACGUGCCAAACAGCGUGAAAAAGAGCGCGAGAGAGACAAAGACAAAAAGAAAGACUCUCGAUCGCCCAAACGAGACAGUCGAUCCACAAAAGACCCUAAAAGACGUGAUUCACCGGAACCUACGAAUUUUCGUGACAGAAAACGCUCGGGUAGCCGCAGUAAAGCCACGUCCACAUCGUCGAAACGCGACAGAUCCCGCGAUAAACGGGACGAAAGGGCGAGAUCUCGGGACAGAAAAGAUCGUCCGGCCGAAAAACCUCGCGACAAACCCAGAAGGGAUUCGAGGGAACGUGAGAGGGAAAAGGAGCGACGCAUUAGGGAUGAGAGAGAGAAAGAGAGACAGGAGGCGUUAGCGAGGUGCCAGGAGAGGCAAAGAGAGCGGGAUAGACUAAAGGAGAUGGAAAAGAAAGAAAGCGAGAGGAGGGCAAGGGAUAGAGGUGGAAGAAGAGACGAUAAGCCUAAUGACGAUCGAUUUUCAACCAGUCGACGACAUACGCCCGACCGGGAUAGAGAAGGGCGUGGCCGCGAGGGGCGUGGACACUCCGCAGACACCCGGAAAUCCGGUCGUAACUCUCCAGAGAGGCACGAUCGCUCGUUCGACCGGGACCGAGGUUAUGAUCGGGAACACGACGAACGAACCCGAGAAUACGGCAGAGGCAGGGAGGAAAGACGGUUGGAUGACGGUUUUGAACGUUCCCGUAUGACGGAUGACAGACGGUACAUGGAAGAACAUCCUAGGGAUGAUCGGUUACCUCGGGAUUUAUGGGAAGUACGGGACGAUAUGGUUGAUAGAGAUAGAGAUUUUGCAUCAAGAGGCAGGAGUUAUAAUAGGGGAGAAAUUAGGGCUCCUGCGUCCAAGGGGCGCGCCGAUUGGCCCGAGAACGAGUACAACGACCAGUACAGAAGGCCUAUGGAGUGGGGGGUGGAAAAUCGAGAAGGAAUCAAUCAGGGUUGGGACAACAUUGACCGCGCCCACCCCCAAGAAUAUUACGAGAACUGGCAACAAAACGACAAUAGACGAAGAUGGCCGAAUAGGAACGAUUGGAGGGACAGAGACAGUAGCAGGAAUAAAAAUACAUCUUCUCAUGCUGUCGAGACUACUAGUACUCCAGAAGAUUCGAAGAAUGCUGAUAAAUUAUUAGAUUCCCGUAAAAAAGAGGCAAUUCCAGCCAUCCAGAAGAAUGAUCUCCUGGAUAAUAUCGAUAAAAAAACGCCUUCAGCUAAGUCUACAGACCAAGACGAACAGUCCAAUAAAAGACUGUCUGAGGAGCAACCAGAAGACUGUCCAGAACCCAAAAAGGUUUGCGGUAACAAACCAGAUCCUGUAUCGGUGGCAAUCUUGGAAGAUGAUUUAAGUGAAAUUUCCGAUGACGCUGACGACAUUUUAAAUCGGGAUGAGUUCAUUGAGUUCCAAGAAGAACCGCUAGAAGACCCUACGUCAGAAGACACCCCCAAACUUCCAGCUCCCUCUCAAGCCCCAGAGGAUCCAAACGCCUCGGUUGCACAACUCUCUACACCUUCGGAAGUCGUUCCAUCUUCUGCGGCAGCCUCACAAAAGAGCCAAUCUCCGACCAGAUCGCCGAAGAAAGAAGAUUCAAGCGACGGGGCGGACAACGAUAACAUGGACUUGGACUUUGAGGAGAUUUCCGAUGAGGAACUGGACGAGGAAACGAGGGUGAAAGGGAUCGGGGACGCGCUGGGAGUCGAUUGGGGCAGUUUGGUAGCCGAGUCCAGAAAUAUGGUGAAACCGGUCAGUUCGGCCAAGUUGAGGUGGGAGCCGCAUAACGUUUUGGUUAAUUUGGGGAUUUCGGUCCGAUUUGCUGGCGAAGAUUUAGUGAAAGCGAUUAUGAAAGACCACGCCGAGGCCGAACUAAAACAGGAAGCGGAAGAGAAACGACGUAAGGAAGAGAAUUCAAACUCCAACUUAAACGGCAUUAAACAAGAAGUGAAAGAAGAACCGAAAGACGAGGAAGAGUUGCAAAAAAUCGAUCUGGAAGAUCUUAACGUUUCUCAUCCGAUUGCUGCUAUUCAGGUGGCGAACAGAGAGAGUCAGCAGAUCCGCCGAACUUUAUUCUCGAGUGUUGGUCCGCACCGUAGAGCCCUAUCGGCAAGACGGGACCUUAUGGUCCGAAGACAUCUUUGUAACUUACCGAUAAACGAUAAAUACGUUGAGGCUCCCAAACGUUACGAUCAAGAAUUGUUUAAAAUUGCUUCACAACUGUUCGAGAGAUGUUCAUAAAAGUUUAUUAUAGUAUUUAAAAUACCAAUAUAGUUUAUUUUUAAGA